UGAUUGUUUACAAAUAAAAACCUCGAAAGCGAAGACGCCGAAAAAUCCCUCAAAACCAAGAAUAAUAGAAUUAGGAAGAAUUGUAAGAUUUGAAAAGAAGGAGAGACACAGAGCCAGUAAAGAUAGACAGUGAUACAGGCCAAAACCCUGUACAAGAAGGAAAAAGAAGAGAUAUCGAAAGCGAAAACGCCGAAUUUUUUAACGCAAAUUCCAUCAUCCUUUUCUAGAAAAAAAUACAAAUUUCGGAACCUAAGAACAAACAAUUUAUGACAUAACAAUAGAGAACAAAAUUAAGAAGAAUUUGCAGAGACUUUAGACCGAAGUGUAGCGUGAAACUUCAUACAAGGAGAAAGAGAACAAAGAAGGAAUUCCACUAUGGAUCUCCUGGAUUCUAUCAUGAGCAAGAUGGACAAACCUCCAAGUAUCAAUGAUAAACAGAAGAAGAUGAUGAAAGAGCAACAGAAAGCAGCAGAAGAGGCAAAAAACAAAGAGAGAGAGAGACUGAAUCAGUUCAGGAAACACAUUGAAGAGCGAAUAAACAGAUUUAUCCAAAAUGUCACACUAAUGAAAAAGAAGUUUGAGCCCAUGGACAGGGUAGCCAGGAGUAUUGUCCGAGAUGUUGCAGACGUUGCUGGCCUCACAACAUAUGCUUUUGGGGUAGAGGAUGUUGACCGCCACGUCAUGGUGUUUAAGAAAGAAUAUGCACUGACUGAAGAUGAAUUGGAAGCCUACAAGAAUGGUGAAGAGUGGGAUCCAGAGAAAGCAAAGGAGGCUGCUAUAUUUAAAGAGCAGCAACGCAAGGAAGACGAAGUCAGAGCAAAGCAGCUGAAAAAAGACCCCUGCUCGAGCAAGUUCACGGAGAAGUAUGAACGUCUGGUUGGCAAGGAGACAGGGAAGGAUUCUGCAAGAAUUUUGGAAGUCAAUAAACAAUUUGGUUUUGUGCGAAGUGAGUUGAAGAAAGACAAAAGGACAAUUGAAGAAGCCCUUGCAGACAUCCAUGCCAAAAAGCAGAAACGAGAACAUGGAGAUGAAGAACCACAUCAGGGGCAUAGUGAGGAGGAGAGCAAUGACCCGUAACGAUGUUAUUUCUUAGUUGUGUUGUGUCACCCUCUGUUUUUCACCCAUGGGGUUGUUUCAGAUGUACAUUUCACCAUUUGACAUUUUUUUCUGAUUCACUAUCAAAUAAAUUCUUUGCUUGGAGUAAGUUAGAAAUUUAAAAUCAUAUUUAUACACCAUACCCUUCUGUAGGUUUGAUAUUUUACAAUGAUUUUGUGGAUAGUUACCAUUUUGUCUCACUUUACAGUUUGAAGUUUUAGGAAGUAAUUGAAUGCUUGCAGGUUACCAAUUUCUCUUAAUGAUUUUUCCUUCUCUGAGUCUACAAAAUACUUUUCAAAAUGAUAAUAAUAAUGAUAACGGGUAAUGUAGAUUUUAUUAGAAAUGAUGAUACUCAAGAGCAUCCACGUUGCAUGGUUUCAGUAUCUCACUCAUAUGACAUUAUCAUUAACGCUAAGUUGUCUAACUCACUGUGCACCAUUCAACAUCAUUUAGAAAUCCAAUUGAUGAAGAUAGAUAUAUUUAUUUACCUCACAGUUCAAACAAAAAAGGUUGUAGUAGGCAUUGUAAUAUUGUGCAGUCAUUGGCAUAUUACUAAUUAUAUUGGAGAAUAAGAACUACCUUACCUUUCUGAAUGUUCUGGUCUUUGAUUGAUUUCACAAAUAUAAAGGAUUAAGUCUUAUCAUCAGUACUAUAGUAACAAAAAAUGGUUUGGCCAUUACUGGCGUGAAAUGAAGGAUUUUUUGUGUGGCAUUUUUAUGAACUGAUCUUGUGAAAGGUUAUGUUACAGAUAGUGUAGUUGGAUUGUUGAUUUUACUCUUCAAUAUACAAGGAGUACUGUUCACUUAUGAAAAUAUGUAUUGAUCAUUGCCCUUCUUUCUAAAUUGUUAAAUAGAAGAAUAUUUUUCUUAGGAAGAACUAAAACAUAUGUUAAUCUGACAAAAAGAAGAAAAUAUAUAUAUUGUUGUAAUCAUUGGAAAACCAGUUGAUUUUAAAUAAAUAUGAAUUAUUCUUAUCCUUAUUAUUUCCAGUUUUUGUUUGUUGUUCAAGGUAUUUUCUUGUAUCAGUCGUGUUUUUUAUUGUCAAGGAUGCCCAACAAACCACUUUGAAUAACUUUGUCAUAGCUAUAAUGGCCGGAAAUUCUGUGCUGACAAUAAACAUGGCUUGAGAUAUU